GCUGGUAAAAAACUACAACCAUUGCCUAAUUUAAUUGCUAGUUCAUCCAAUAAAGAAUGUAUGCCAAUUUUUUUUAGCAACACUACCAGUAAUUUCAGAACUGCAUUACACUUCAGCUUGGAAAGUCGUCAUACACAGGGUCUUGCAAAUUGCCCUGCAAUCGGCAUAGAAGAGCUUGUGUAUGACACACAUUGUGAGGAUGUCUACGAGGAAGAGAUCGACCAACGUAACAUUACGUUUGGUCCCAGGAUCAAUGAUGCAAAUGAUGUUAAAGGGCAGAGGUGCUGCAUUGCAUACGAAGAGUGCCUUGUACACCUUGCCCGAUUAGCAGUGGGACAUCGUUGCGAAUUGGCAGACUGUUCUGCUCGCAUUGAUAUUUCAUGCAAAACAGUGGGAACAGCUAUGUUAAUCGAUUGGGUGUGUGAGAACGGCCACAAGCCAAGCUCCAUAUCGCGCUGGAGAUCACAGCCGUUGGUUAACGGGAUGCGACUUGGCGACCUGACGGUUGCAGCAAACACUUUGUAUUCGGGGAACAACUUCAGAAAAAUUCAAUUUUUCUUUAAAUGCAUUAAUGCUGGUUGCAUUAGUGAAAGUUCGUUCCUUCGAAUACAAAGAUUGUAUGCUGUGCCGUCAGUCAAUGAAAUGUACAGUGCCAUGCAGAACUCUGCCCUGGAGAAGUUCCAUGGCCAUUCUGUGAUAGUUAUGGGCGAUGGCAGGAACGAUUCGCCAGGACACAGUGCUAUGUACUGCACAUACACUGUGGUGGAGUGCGAGUCACUCACAAUACUGGCUGUGGUUGUCGUGGACAAGCGACAUGUCGGAAAGCGGUCCACUAAUAUGGAGAAAGAGGCGCUAGUGCGAGCCAUGUCGAUAGUGAGGGAAGCUGGGAUUAAGGUGGUGGAAGUUGUGACCGAUGCCCACUCACAGAUUGCAAAGUACAUCAGAACUCAGCACCCAUCCGUCAAGCAUUCGUUUGAUGUGUGGCAUGGCGCAAAAAACCUUUGCAAGAAGUUGAAUAAGGCAUCUACACCUGCAAAAUGCAGCCACCUUCGGCCGUGGAUCAGGGACAUCGUGGAUCAUUUUUGGUAUUGUUGCCAACACUGUGAUGGUUCGCUUAUCAAGCUGCAGGGUCUCUGGAAGGGCGUUCUACACCAUGUUAGAGGCGUGCAUGAGUGGUAUGUUGGAGAUGGAGGGCCUGGUUGUUGUCUUCAUGAAGAGAUGCCCGACAACCAGCCCACAGGAAAUAAGGAGUGGAUGACUACGGACAGUCCAGCAUUUGUUGCAAUGAGGAAAGUGGUACUCGAUCCAUACCUCAUCAGGACACUUCCUCAUUACAUCAAUUUCAGGUGGGAAUAGCUUAAAACGUAUUUUUUAAAUGUAUUACAAUACAACAUGCUUUACAAAAUGCUGACAGUAAACAGUCCAAAAAUGAACACUAUUAUAACAACUAAUUUGAAAACAUAUUGAAACAUAUUUAUUACAUUGUAAGCUGUUGACAAUAAACAUAAUUGCUAAU